GAACUGGCGUAUUCUUCUGCAACCUCAGAUUGCGCUGUUAAACAGCAGCGCUUUGGCCUCCCGCGCCUUUUUUCGACGGUCGCUUUUUGCCGCUCCUGCCGCCGAAUAAUUCUGCUGCUGUGGAUAGCUCAGCUCUUACUUCACCAGGUCUCGGCGUGUUUUGCUCUGCAGGUGCAAGAGGUUUAACCCGUCGGAGAGUAGGGCUUCGCUUUUGUUUAUGCGCAAGCAUCUGGUGGCUUGUGAACCUUUGCUCCAUGCUUGCAUAAACCGUGCUGCGCGGUGGGCGGUCAAUGUGUAAUCGUGUCAUUUCGGGCGCCGAGCACUUCCGAGUUUCGGUCACGGCUGACUGUCCUCCCGCCGCAAGCCAGCUGGGCAUGGCGUAUGGAUGAUUGCAUUCUUGUUAUAGGCUGUGGAGGUGGUGAGAUGGGUUUAGCUCAUGCCUUCAAGGGACGGGUGCACACGAUUGCGUGCUUCAUGCCGUAUCGGCCUUUCCUUCCUGACACGGUGACGCAACUUGGUCGGUUUUGUAGUUAAUACAGAGUAGCGUUGUUGAUAGGCAUUCUGCCGGGCCUUUCAUUUUCCAGCAAGUCGAGAAGCUUUGCGAGGGGCACGUGGAGGACUUUCAGGGCACCAACGCGCACACCGCUUGUUUUGCGGUGCUGACCAACUAGCAGCUUUUCGGUUAUCAUGUUGGACGACGCCUAGCAGGCUGCGCGGCACCCAGUAUCGGACGACCAGGUCGCAGGCUUCAGCUCGCUCUUCCAACGCAGUUAUGGCGACCACACAGCACAUGGCGAUGUUCGACGAGGGCGAGGGCGGGUUGUUUGGCGACCUCUUUGUGAGCAACGUGCCGUGCUUGGCUGGGGAGCUCGAGCUUCAGGUUCAGUCCUACGAGUGCGGAGGGGACACGCUGCCUGUCGGGGACGCGUCCGCGGCAGGGAAGUCGUUCUCACUGACGAAAGACUCGAAUGGCAGCAGCCUGAGCGCGCUGGGCGCGGGAGGCUUCGGAGAUGGUGACUUCAUGGACGGUGUCAGCCUGGAUGACAUAGCCGCCGCUGAUCACUACGGCCACACCGUCUGCGGGCGGCAGUCGACUGCGGACUCCGCGGCUCGCCACCCGGCACCGCUUGGCACUAGCUGGAACGCCGCGGCGCCGUCUCGCUCGCGAGCCCCAGCGCCGAAUGUGCCCGCCGCUGAUCCCCAGCACGGCCAUAACGCGCACGACCGCCAGGCCACGCAGGAUCAGCACAACCAUAACAACGGGCACGAAAGCAGCGACUGCGAUAUGAGCCACACCGCCGGCGACGGCGAGAGCUCGGGUGUAGGCCAUGGAAAGGGCCUUGCGCAGGGCUCAUCGCACAGCGAGGCGUCCGAGGACAACACCGCUGGGUUGGCGGCGUGCCGGGACGAGGAGCACAUUAGCAUGCCCAGCUUCGGGCUCAGCUUGACGCGGCUGACGCAGAGCCAGCCGUCCUCGGGCAAGCCCGAGCCUCCUGCGGCUGCGCCAAUUGCGAUGCAGCAGCAGGAGCAGGCCAUGCAGGAGCAGCAGGCGCAGGCCGCAACGGCCGCGGCCGGCAGCUCCGCGGCCGCCAUGCCGCGUGCGCUCAGCGUAGACAAUUUUGCCAUGACCAGCGCUACCAGCGGCCCCGCUCCGGCUGGCCCCGCUCCCGCCGCUGACGCGGCCGGCAGCCGCGCGGCCAUGUACCGCUCAUUCAGCUGCGUGGCCACCGACACGCUGCCGAUAGACUUCAGCCUGGGCUACGGCGACGGCGCGCUCAUGGGCGCUAGCUGCAGCGGCGGCGGCCUUGCGUUCGGCUCGCGCGGCCGCAGCGCCAGCCUGAACGAGACGCACCUGCGGCGGCAGCAGUGGCUGCACGAGGGCGAGCUAUUGGCGCCGCAGCUGCCACCCAGCGUCAGCGAGCUGGAGCUGCUGGAGCUGCCGGAGGACCCAGUGCCGCUGCGGCCCUUCAAGUGCGCGUCCUUCCUCGGCGGCCUCAACACCAUGGCCGAUAGCUCGCUGACCGCGAGCGCGGCAGCGGCGGCCAACGCCGCCGCGGUGCGCCCCAUGACGUCUGGCAUGAUGCAGUUCAAGGGCGCUGGCGCCGCGGCCGGCGUGGACGCGGGCGCUGCUGCCGCGGUGGCCACCACGACCACCACCACCACGACUACCAACAACGGCGUCACGGUGACCGUGAAGCGUAAGAUUAUCACCUCGCCCAGCCCGCUUCUGCAGCAGGGAAAGGGCAAGACGCGCCAGCCUGCCGGGCCCGCCGCCGUGGCCCCCGCGGGCGUAAACUUGCAAAGCCCUAAGCGCGCCAAGGUGGGCGGCAGCAGCGGCUUCGGCGGCUGGCAGCAGCCGGGUGCCGGCGGCAUGAAGGUGGUACGCAGCGUGCCCAGCAACAUGAACAACUUCCUUGAGGGCGUCGAGGUGACGGUUCAGCCCAUGGGGCACGCCGGCGCAGACUCGGUGGUCAGCCCCAACGCCAGCUCCAUUUCGGCAUCCACGCCCAACGCGCAGUUUGGCGCCGGCCCAUUCUUUGACCCGGCUGCUGCUGCGCGCGGAGGCUCCGCGUUGGCCGCCGGCAUGCUCGCGCCGCAGGCGGUGGCAUCCGCCGCCGGCAGGGGCAGCAAGAGCAAGGUGGCCGUGCCGCCUACCGGCGUUUCAGUGCCGGUGCCGCCGGUGCAGGGCGUGGGGCCGGUACCGCCUGGCAUGAUCCCUGGCCUGGUGCCCGGCACUUUCAUGGCUCCUGGCAUGGCCUUCCCCGAGGCCAAGCGCCCUGUGCCGUCGGUGCCGAAGCCGCGCAAGCGCGCCUCGCCCAAUGGCAACCCGCCGAAGGCGCCUGCACCCAACCCGAACGGCCACUGCUGCACCCAGUGCGGCACGCAGACCACGCCCGUUUGGCGCGCGGGCCCGCACGGCCCCAAGACGCUCUGCAACGCCUGCGGUGUCCGGUAUAUGAAGGUUGCCAAGUCGGGCGCCACGCAGCCGGCUCCGAGGCGGCAGCAGCAGCAGCAUCACCAGUAGCACGCUGUGGCGGGCUACAUGGCCGGCAGCGAUAGUACGGAGCGUGCGGCGUCCUGCGGGCAGCGGCACGGCUUCCCAAAUGCACAGCGGUUGUCCUCCGCGACAUGCCCCUGAAUGGGUGCUGGUCAAGGCAGAGCAACUGAGCGCGCGUUGUAGGUUACGGGAUGUGCAUGUGGACUAAACUGGUGAGGCCUGAAUGGUGGGUUGUGCCAAAGGCCGUGCAGGAGUGCUUGACGCGCGCUCCCACGUUGAUGGUCGUGCACCGACAAUACGGUGGGGCCGGGGCAACAUGUGUUGUUGGUUGCCGCGUUUGGCAACGUGGUGGUUGUUUGGAUGGCUGUGGGCGCGAUUUGUUCGUAUGCGCCAGUAACAACAGGAAAGCGUGCACGUGUAUGAUUUACGACAACCGGGAUUAACAUUACCACCGCAUGCAGCUGGGGACCCAUAUGAACUGGCGUGCGAUCUUGUUGCUCCUUGCCUUACAGCGCACCAUGCGCGCGCAUGAGGUGUGGCGCAACUCCGCUAGCCGCUGGAUUGGGCGUUGGACUUAGACGGAACUCGGCUGGCCCUUUGAUGGCUACGCCUCCCUAUGGCCGUGCUGGGACGGUGAGGGUUUCCGUGUUUGACUUGACCUGAGAGAAGAGCAUCAGGACCGGCAUCAGUAAGACCAGCUGCCAACCAGGCAGCGCGGGGAGAGAGGGUUGUACACGGGAACACGGGCAAAGUGCACUGGGUCGCUACGCGGAAGGCCUGGUGCACGCAUUUGCUGACCGUUGGCGUGUUGCCCAGUGGGCGCGAGGAGCAUGUACUAUGUGGCGUCCGUGUUUCGUGGUUCUUGGUUUGCUGUGAGUGGUUCGUGGUGUGUGCCUGAUCAUAAUGCAUGGCGUUUGGGGAUGUGCAAGGUUUCGGAGACGCGGCUCUGAAGGGUAAGAAUGGCCCGGACGGCCGCGGCUAAGCUAAGGCAACUCUAAUCGCGGGACAUGGCGGCGCGGCGAUCGUGUAGCCACGGAGCGGGCGCAGGGACGUGAGUGUGGCGACGCCGGACAGCGAGAGAGAGCAAGUCAGGAACGUGCUUCAGAUAAAGGAACGUGAGGGAUGAGAUAUGGCAAUUUUGUGCGCUCAAAAGAGGGGGAGAACGGUCGGCUUCAAGGUGCGCUGCUGGCCGUCACGUGGGUGGGCGCUGCCUGUGGCCCCCAGACUCUGAGAGCGUUGCCCUCUUCUCGUUGACCUGGAGUUGGCCCGGCAGGGCCGAAGACGCAGGAGUGCCCUGAGUUCAUCUCCUUGACGGGGGCGUACUGUCGAACGUGAUACCAGAGGAUGGGGCAAAUCGGCGUGGCGAGCUGGUGGCGUGGAUGCACUGUGGUUCCAAUGUGUGUUGUCUGUGUACAAAGUGUUUGUUUGGAUCCGUCGUGGAGUAUGUGGUGGCGAGAAAGCGGAGUGGUGGGUGGCGAUGCAAAUUGACAACCCUGGGUGCACCCCUCAGGCAACACGUUUGGGGUUACGUCGGGAUGGCGCGGGAGACGCGUACUGCACGGCGUUCGCGUAGGGUGUGUGCUGUGGCGGCAGCUGGAGAUUGCCAGAUUGCCUGUAGUCCAAACAGGCACCCGAACGGAGCAUGCCCUGGCCUCGAAGACCUGAGAGAAUAAUGCCGGGCAGGAUAGAGAGAGAGAACGACAUGCAAGGUCCACACGAUGGUCACUGGGGGGAAUCGAGACUGUAACUUGAAGAGCGC